CAAAAUAUUUAAAAAGCAUAACCAAUUAAUUGUACAAAAACUCAACCAAAAUGCAGUGCGGUCUGGAACAAAUGAACGAUUGUGAGCGAUCACCAAAUCGAACAAAUUUACGGGUCAACUUCAAUGAAAAGGGAGCCGAGGUCAAAGAGCGUAGGGAGAAGUUCUUGACUGCCAAAUAUGGUUCACAUCAAAUGAGUUUAAUACGCAAACGUUUGGCCGUCGAAAUGUGGCUAUAUGAUGAGCUCCAGAAACUAUUCGAUCCACCGAGCGAAGCCAUUGAUGUGGAUAUUGAUGAAAUAUUGGACAUGGAUACAGAUGAUAUAAGAAGAUCUCAUCUUAUUAGAUUACUUUCAGUCUGUAAACGCCCGCAAUCGGACAUAUCGAAAUUCAUAAGUGAUCUCUUGGAUCGCGCAAAAACGUUGUAAAUCUAUAGAAGAUGGUUCUACAAGUUCUACAAAAACAGAAUUAAAUCAUAAAUCAUUGAAACUACCCAUAUGCUUAUUAUAUAACAGCAACAAAAAAUAAUUAUUUUUAAGUUAAAUCGCUUGUAAAAUCCAAAACAAACAAAAAAUUACACAAA